UGGCUGUUCGGAUCUUCUCUAGUAGGCCACUGGCCGAGACAGAUGUCCAUCAGAGCGGUUUUUUCCUUUGGACAGAUAAGCAUCCGCACUCUUGCUACUGUCAGCAGUGUUGCAGUAUUGUUAAGUUGUUCUAUAGUUACAGUGUAACCACCUGAUUGUUUUUAGCACUUUGGCUACAAUGAAACAUUCUUGCAGGAGAAGUGAGGUUCGAGUCAGUGUGGGACAUAGACAGUGAUGGGUUGGGACAGCCAGAUCACCACCAUCAUGGAAACUGAAGAUGACAUUCUACAUCCUGCUCAGUUUAGCGAUGACACUGCAGCGUGCUUUGUUUCUGUAAAAGGCUUAAAGGAGAACUGGCAGAAGUGGUCUGACGAGCACCGGGAGCACCAGAAGCUCAACCCCUUCAGUCACGACACUAGGCCGUGUGUGGUGGUCCCUCAGAGGGGGCAGGACCACUAUGGGAGACCCCUGCAGGGGUCCAUGACGGAGCAACGGGGGAAGGAUGCUCACACACAUAUCAGCAGAGAGGUUGAGGAGCUGUGUGAAGUGAUAAGGAACAUUGGAGAGCCAAGAGACAAAGAUGGGGAUGGAAGCGGCAGCAAAGGCAGAGAUAUCACCGUGGAAUUUGGGAAACUGUUUGAGCAUUAUGUGACGAUCUCUAAUAAACUGGUGGGGAUUCUUCUAAGGGCGAGGAAGCAGAGGCUGGUUGACUUUGAGGGGGAGAUGCUGUGGCAGGGGAAGGAUGACCAUGCAGUUAUCACUCUGUUGCAGUGAUCAGAAACUUGGAUUGGUGUUUAUGCCAUGAUUCAUGUUACAUACACAGUGGCAAAUAUGGAGCUACUUUAUGGCAGCACUCACUGUGGUAUUCAGAUAGCAGGGGGGCUGCAGUAAUUGUGCCUUAGUCAUGUAAUGGCACUCUUGUUAAGAAAAAAAAAGAUAGGUCUAUCAGUGGAUGAUAAUUCACAGUACCUUCCUGAGGAGUGCACAUUAGGCUUACUAAUGCAUUUUCUCCUCAUGCUAAAAAAACACACAAUGUACUAAAACUGUUUAUAAAGUGCAGACAGUGCAAGAUACAUGCAGGGGCUAGAAAAAGUCAUGUAAAAACCUGAAACGAAUGCAGUGACAUAGUUAAUCACAAUAGCAAACGUUACAAAAUUUGGGUCAUAGCAGGUGAAAUGCCAAUUAGCAGCAUUUGUCAGAAAGCAAAGUGAUUAUCAGCAUGUUGGCACAUGAGUUUUCAAAGCAUUUAACAGCACUUAAAAAAGGCCAAACUGGUUGUACCUAAAAUGCAGAUGCAUCAGAAUCAAUCAAAUGAUUAAAUAGCAAAUAACAACAAAAUUCAUAUGUCAAAGUGAAUGAAAUCAUGAUAGGAUAUGCACAAUUAAAAGUAAAACACAAAUAAAGAGAAACAUUGGUCAUACUGUAUGUUAAAACAGAUAUAAGACAAAUAUACUUUCUGUAUGGGGGGGUUUAACCUAAUAUAUGUUCAUAGGGUAACUUAGUUACUUCAAAAACAGUACAUUUUCAUGUAUUCACAUAUACUACACAUUUACCGUGUUGCUAAAAUAGGAUCUUAGCUGAACAAAUCCUUCCCUAUAUUUCCUUGCUAGCUUUUUAAUGUGGGGAAAGUGGUGGAGUGAGCAGCUGAAAUGAAGUCAGAGUGGUUAAUGAGUCUGAAGCAAAUCCAAAGAGAACAUGAGGCUGCCUGUGACAGACAAUAUGGUGCUAUAGGAUGAACUUGAUCUGACUUGGCUUGGGUACUUCGGAGCAUGUAUUUAUUACAAGUCUGCUUUGUAAUUAGAGAACCUUGUUACAGUUGAAACUUUGUAUACCUGCAACACACUGAGAUAGAUGUACAAUAAACUACAAAUGCUGCUUUAAUGAAAUGA